AGAGCUGCAUAGGACGCCGUAGGAGACAGGAGUGCGUACGUCGCGACUGUCGCGAGUCAUCGAUUUCUUUUAGAGGUUUCAACAGUACAUACAAGAGGUGUAUUUGUACCUUAUUGUUGUUAUAUAUCAUUAUUGAUAAAAAAAAUAGCUAUAUUUAUCUCGUUGUGAAUCGAAAUUUAACGAUUCGUCACAUCGUCACAUUUUGAUUAUUUAUAGUUUAGAAACUUAUGAUGGAGAAUAAGAUAAUUAAUCAGAAAGAAUACUUGAAAAAAUACACAUCCUUAGGUGAUGAUUUUGAUGAAAAAAAGAAGAAAAAGAAGAAGAAGAAGCAUAAAACGGGAGCGAAAACAUUAAAAAUUAUAGACGAUGAUAUAGACUUGAAAAAUAUGAGGCCCAUUGAAGAAGGUGAAUUCGAUAUCCUUUUAGAGGGAGAAGAUGCUCCUCAAAUCGCUGGUGUAGUUGACGAACGUGGACCAGUUGAUUUCACGGAUAAGCGAAGGUGGAAGAUUAUAACCGAGAAUGACGAAGGCGAUUUAAUGAUUAUUAAUCAUAUUGCCGAGAAGGAAAAAAGAGAUUUGGACGAGACAAGUGUCAAGCAGAUCGAUGAUAACUUCGAUUUGAGUCCACCCAGAGCUAAGCAUCCUAAAAAUAAAUAUAUGGCUUCAAGUCCUCACGGACGAUCUAAAGAUGACAAUUCAGAUCUGAGUCCACCUAGAUCGAAGCAUUCUAAAAACAAACGUGCGGAUUUGAGUUCGGAUGAACGAACGAAAGAUGAUAACUCCGAUCUGAGUCCACCUAGACCGAAGCAUUCUAAAGACAAACACUCAAACUCACGAUCUAGACGAUCUAAAAAUGACGAUUCAGAUUUGAGUCCACCUAGACAAUCGAAAAAUUAUGAUUCGGAUUUGAGUCCACCUCGACAGUCCAGAAAUAAUGAUUUUGAUUUGAGUUCACAUAGGAAAUCUAAAAAUUACGAUUCGGAUCUGAGCCCACCUCGACAGUCCAGAAAUAAUGAUUCUGACUUGAGUCCGCCUAGGAAAUCUAAAAAUUAUGACUCAGACUUAAGUCCACCUAGAAGUAAGAAGCAUCGGACUUCGGCUCGCGGUACGUCCGGACGAAGCUACCGAAGUUCAGGUAACAGAGACAGUGAUUCGGAUUUUAGUCCACCUAGAAAAAAUCGGAAACAGAAUCUAGAUACAGAUUUAUAUGAAAGCAGAAAGAAAACGAAGAGCAGAGAUUCGGAUUUAAGUACAUCUCGGCAUAACGAGCACCGAUCCCGGAGAGAUAAUUCGCCACGUUCCAUUUCGCAGAGAGACGACAGGGGGUACGAUUAUUACGAUAAAAAGCAUUCAUCCAGAUCCAGUAGGCAAGAUGAUUCAAGAUCGAGCAGGGAUAAACGAGAGAAGAGAUAUGAUGAUAGAGAUCGUAAAUCUCAAUCGUACUCAGAUACGCGGGAGAAAAGAAAAAGGACGCGUUGGGACGAGGAAACAAAAGAUUCCGAGCGUGAACGCGCGGGAAAUCAUUCCAAGGAUCACGAUAGUCGCGCGACAAAGACGUUAGACGGGAAAACAGCAGGAUUCCAGGCUGCGAAAGCGUUGCGAGAAGAAACAGAAGCCUAUAAACGGCGAGAGGCGGAGCACUUUAGCAAGCUAAGUAAAGAGAUCACCGGGGAAGGACAAGCUACGAUUGUGCGUGACAAAAUGGGAAGAAAGCGCAAUUUGGAAGUAGAAGCAGUGGAGAAACGAGAAGAGGAAAUGAAGCAGCGAGAAAUAAAUGAGAAGUACGCCAAAUGGGGCAAAGGCUUGAAACAAGUGGAGGAUCAUGAGGAAAGAUUAAAAAGUGACCUGCACGAGAUGCAGAAACCUUUAGCGAGAUACGCGGACGACGCGGAUCUAGAUAAACAACUGAGAGAGCAAGAGAGGGAGGGUGAUCCUAUGCUAAAGUAUAUAAAACAGAAACAAAUAAAGGAGGGAAAAAGAAAGCCAGAUCCGCCGCAAUACCAAGGUUCGUACGCGCCAAAUCGAUUCGGCAUUAAGCCUGGUCAUCGGUGGGACGGGGUCGAUAGAAGUAAUGGAUAUGAGAAGAAGUGGUACGAAGCACAAAAUGCGAAAGUAGCAUUACAAGAAGAUGCCUAUAAGUGGAGUACAGCCGACAUGUGAUCAUGUUCACACAUAUUACUUAUAGAGCAGAAGUUUCCAAUUCUAUUUCCAUCGAUCGUUAAAUAAAGAGGAAUUAAUAAAGGACAUUUUAAAUAUUUUAAUAAUAUAAA